AUGGACCCAUUGUCUGCCGUUGCGAAUAUUGCGGCCCUGAUCGGCCUGCUAGAAUUAUCAUGUCGGGUAGGGAAGAAAACGUACGAGCUAAUAUCUGCAAUCAAGCAUGCGUCCGAAGAAGUUGCGAAACUCAAGAUUGAGCUGGAGGAAAUUGAGUUUCUCAUGGUUAAUCUGACACGAUAUUGCCGCAAGUAUCAAUAUCAGCACCCAUUGACCGUCCCGGAGUCGCAUUCUGCUUUGGAGCGGAUAUGCGACACCCUUCGAGGGCUGAGGGUCGAAUACGGCUCAAUCGAAGAGAUGAUCAAGAAGAACACUUUAACCCGCGCUGGAGCUAGGGACAAAUUAAGAGGAAUCAAAGAAAAGAUGCGGUUUGCUAUUGGGGGGGAAGUUGGCCGCCUCACAAAAUAUUCUGGAGAGGUACAAGCUACAGCUAAGCACUUCAACGACCUUGCAAUGUAUGAACGGAUCGGAAAACUGGCCCACACAUUCUCUGGCUUGGGCCACGCCACUCAACCUACUGCAGACAACGCACCUCUCAUGAAGAAUAGAUCUUCGGCAAAAACAAAGAAACCGACAAAUCACGAAAAAGGCUCGAUACGAGCUCCGAAUGACCGAAAUGACAGUUGCUGGAUGGGAAAUGAAGAAAUGCGAUCGGCGGUUUUACCGUUAAUGCUCCUCAAGCCGAAUAUCGAAGAGGCACUGCAUCUGUUUUUAUCUCAACGAUCAGGCCAGACAUCACUCUCAUCUCAAGAUGCUGCGUGGAUUGGAGACGAGCUGAAAAAUCUACUUGCAAAAUGCCACGAAUCCGCCGCAACGAACUUGAGGAAACAAGAGACCGACGAUAUGAAACCGCAUGUCCAAUCCCACGGCUUGCACAAAACAGCAAUAAAUGUGACUGGCCUGGAUCUUCAGAACCAAACCGUAUCCGUUCAAAAUAAAGACAUUACGUCGGCUUCAUGUCUACUGCAGGAGUCUCCUACAGGCAAGACUUCAGUCCGCCUGAAGUUCAUUCGAAAUGUUCAGUCAGGAGAUACGACCAUCUCAGAUGUUCUAUUUCUACUUGCUCCAAAACCAUCAAUAAGCAGAGAUGGGGUCAUUGUCUCAUUGUCUCGACUUCAUCAUGCUUUAGUUCAGCCCAAGAUCCAACGAUGGAUGUCAACAUACCAAGUGGUCGAACAAAAUUCUCCGGGGUUUGCUUGUGUGAAAUCGAAUGACAUUGAGAAACUACGAACCCUGAUCAAAACUAGACAGGUGAGCCCAUCUAUGCGGAGUACUGAAAAUGAGAGUCUUCUAUCGCUUGCGGCUCGACUCCUGCGCUUCGAAAUGUGCGCAGACCCCAAUAAUUGUCGCAGCGAUGGAGCCAGUGCAAUAUAUGACGUUCGCAAUGCCUUUUGGUAUCGGCAAGAAAAUCAUCAAGUUCCCAAAGCCCUUUUGAGCCAAAUCCUCCGACUUUUGAUUCGCUCAGGCUGCGAUAUGAACUCUGUCGCUCUAGCUGGUAGUCCCCUUCAUUUUACUAUCAGCCCGUCGAUGUAUGGCGAUGAGGAUAUCCAAGAGGCCGAAAUCGCAACACUGGUGAACCUGAUCAUUUGCCUUGGGGGUGAAAUCGAGCAUAGAAAUACCGAUGGGCUCACACCACUACUUCAUAAUGCCUGCAACCCUGGAGUCCAUGGAAAUACUGUCCUCAGGGAACUAUUGCAGUGGGGCGCCGAUCCACAUGCCCAGACUCUACUAGGAGAAGGAGCUUUGCAUCUGGCCAUAGCUUAUUCUGUCCCAGUUUCCGGUCACGAUAUCCCCGGACUCAGGUCAUUGCAGGGUCGUCUCGAUCUGCUACUUCAAGCUGGCUGUGAUCCAGGCCUGAAAGAAGGCAAGGGACAUACUCCGUCAGAUUUUGCCCUGAGUAGCCCUAGGAUCUGGUUUCAAUGGUGUUUUGCCAUAAUCAAGAUCGAGAAUCUGUCGAUCGCUCAUAUCCUUGGCCAUGAGUCUCCGUUGAGUGAUAAAAAUGGGCCAACAAAUGCAGAAAAGAUGCCAGACUCCGGUCAAGGAGAACGUGUAGGUCAGAAUCCAUCCUCUGACUGGGAAUUCUGCAGUGAUUCAGAGGGUGAGUUAUGUGAUUUGAAAGACAUCAGUUCGGCAAAAGCCUGUUCUGAUUUGAAGCAUAUCUUUAUAUCUUGGGAUGGGAAAUUUCCUUGGAGUGUUGAUCCGUCUUGUGCAGACUGUGGGCAGUUGUGUCGUGUCGGAGACAUCCAGCGAAGGAAAUGGGCUGCGUGGAGAAUUUUCCAGGGAUUGUUGCGAUCUACACCAACACCUAGGUAG